UUACAUAAUGGGUCUAGGGGGAAUGCAUUUGUUUUAAAUAUUCAAUAUGGCUGACGGGGGAGUAGUGAAUCAGAGUGCAGCACCAGACUCCUUUAACAAUCUUUCUGCAUCAAAUAGUAGCACAAUGGAGAAUGGGGAAGUAGCCAAAGAUGUCCAAACAAAUGGACUGGAAUCUCAGAAGCAAGCGAUGCAGAUGACAACCAGCCUAACUAAUGCACAGUCACAGGCUCUGCUUCAGCAGUUGACCAUGGCACCAAUGCAGCAGCAGCUGUUCCUCCAGCAGGCCCUGGCAGCGGCCGUGCAGCAGCACUCAGCCUCCCAGCAGAACGGCACCACAGGAGCAGCCAUCUCUGCCUCGGCAGCCACCCCUAUUACCCAGCUGCCCCUGUCCCAACCCCUGCAUUUCGCUCCACAGCUGCAGCAGCAGGGCCUACAGCAGUUUGUGUUGGUGCAGCCAGGCCACCCUAUCACUACUCAGCUACAGCCCACCCAGUACAUCAUCUCCCAGAAUGCACAGGGUCAAGCCAGUUUCCUCCAAGCCCAGAACCUUGUCACCCAGCUACCUCAGAGCCAAGCCAACCUCCUGCCCACCAAUACAAACAUCACCCUCACCACACAGCCUUCCACGCCCACACGGACCAUCGCUGCCACGCCCACCAGGACUAUAGCCGCCACCCCCUCCCAGAUGCAGGGCCCAGUCAGCAAGCGCGAGGAAACAACCUACAUGGAUGAUGUCAACGAGCUGGAAGAGCUGGAGCUGUUCGCCAAGGCCUUCAAACAGAGGAGGAUCAAACUGGGCUUCACUCAGGGUGAUGUGGGUCUGGCCAUGGGGAAGCUGUAUGGGAAUGACUUCAGCCAGACCACCAUCUCUCGCUUCGAGGCCCUCAACCUGAGCUUCAAGAACAUGUGCAAGCUCAAGCCACUGCUGGAGAAGUGGCUGAACGAUGCAGAGCACGUGAAUACCGAGACCAGCUCCAGCCCCCUGACCUCCCAGUCCUCCCCCAGCCUGGCCCUGGAGCUGCUCAACCGCCGACGCAAGAAGAGAACCAGCAUCGACACCAACAUCCGCAUCGCCCUGGAGAAGAGCUUCAUGGAGCAAAACCAGAAGCCCAGCUCCGAGGAGGUCACCCAGAUCGCGGACCAGCUCAACAUGGAGAAGGAAGUGGUCCGCGUCUGGUUCUGCAACCGCAGACAGAAGGAGAAGAGGAUCAAUCCCCCCAGCAGCAGCGCUAACAAGGCCCUCUACUCCUCCACCAAAACCAUGGUGAGCAGCAAUGGCAGCCUGGUCACCAACGUAGCUCAAACCACUGUGGCAAACUCCACCAGCCCCAGACUCACAGGCCCUGGGAUGAUCGGCGGAGCCACCUCUGUUCUGACACCAGUCAUUUCCAGUGCCCCUUCCACCAUGACCACCGGGGCCAUCACCCCUGUCUCCACGAUGGCGAUGUCACAGCCUGCCGUUGUCAUGACCACGCAGGCACCCUCCAUAGCUGCAGGUUUCCAGGGCAACGGCGGUCUGGCUGCAAUGGCAGCGGUAGCAGCUGGGAUAAUGCCUCCAUCUCAGUUUACCACAGGAGGGGCCUUCCUGAACCUGUCCAAUGGAGGACUAGGUUCAGCACUGGCCACCAUCCAAGGUUUGUGGAGUGCUCUGGCGUCUAACGGAGCUCUCCCUCCCAUCACGUCCAUGGACGGGAAUGGGAACUUGCUAUUUGCCAAUACCAGUACUGGCUCCACCCCCAACUUGAUGACCACACCCCUGUUCCUCAACCCCCAGAGCCUUUCCCUUUUUGCUGGCAGCCCUGUCAGUCUACUGCCCACAGGGGGAGGCGGAGCUCUGAACCUGCAGGUCUCGGCCAAUGGGACUAUCAGCACCGUAACAGCACCUGUCAACACCAUCACUACCGCCUCCAAGGCCCAAUGAACUCAAGGCCACGGUCCCUCCCACCUACUUACUGAUUUUUUUUUUCUUUAUUAUUUUGCUAUUACCAAAAAGUCAUGUUGUGGGGGGGGGGGGAGUUUAUUGGAAAUUAUUUGUUAUCUUCUUUGUUUUUGACAGGGAGUUUUUAUUUAUCACAAGGACUGCUUAUGAAACCAAAAAUGUGCGAAUUAAGAUUUACCUUACUAAGUCUUGAAUGACAUUAUCACACUAACUUUCUAGAAACAUGUCCCUUCUGAGAUUAGAUGUGUUAGCUGUGAAAAUUGUUUCUUGACCUGUUGAAACAGAUUACAUAGGCCUGCAGUUAGUCUGAUUAUAUAGGCCUGCAGUUAUUUCAUAGAAUCUGAAAUAUGGUCAUGUAUUCUUACCGUGUGUGCUUGCUUUGUUAGAGUAGCAGACAGGACAGAGGCUUGUGUUCACUGCUUGUUGUGUGGGUGUUUCUCUGGAGUCUCUGUCAUGUUCUCGGUUAUAAUGCUUUAAAAACAGUUAGGAAGUCACAGUGAUGUCCACCAAGCCGGCUGGAUAGUACAGAGGCUAAGAUUGCAUCUUGUCUUAAGAGGCAAAUGAAAGCAGAACAAACAAACACCAAAAUGUUGAAAACUCUUAUCCAGAUAAACCAAAAAGUACUCGUCUAAGACAUGGCAUGUAUUCAAGCUUAGAUUAGCAUAAGUACAGGUAAUUAUCCAAUGGACCUCUCCAGACUGUGGGAAUAAGAAUGCAAUAAUACUUUGAGAAAACUUUCCAAAGACUUAAAAUGUUCGUCAUUUACAUUAAUAUCCUGCCUCCAAAGAGAGUCAAACGGGUUACCAAAAAACAUCGGACAGUGACUCUUUAUAGAGGUUCAUACCCUGGGAUUGGAUCUCCCUUUCUCCUUAGCUUUACAAGUGUGCAGUAAACAGUGUGAAUUCGCAUCACUGGUUUUACAGGUUUCCUCUUAUGCAUCUUUGCUAAACAAGGAGCCUGGAUUUGACCUUUUUACCUACAGUAGUCUGAGAUGUGGGUGACGUCUAGGUGAAAAGUACUGCCUACUUAUGUUACACCUAUCACGAUACUAUUAAGUACCUCAAAAGCCAAAAAACGGGAGAAACAUUGAAAGGCCAAAAAUUUUGACAUUUAUGACUGCAAUGGCAAGUACGACUACUACAACUACUACUACUAAUUUCAAUAUAUUUAGAUUUUUGUUUUCAUAUCUUGCCUUCAUACCAAAGCAUAUAGUAUUUACUGUAUUGUAGCUGGGUUCCUGCUAUUGGGUUUGUUUUUUUCUUGGCUUAGUUUAGUUUUUGAUUGGGGUCUUCCUAUGUUGAAUAGUUGGGAAUGUCCUAUGGGACACUUAUUUGGGUUUUGUACCUUUUUACUCCUAGUUCUUUUUUUGUAAUGUAUACACACAAGUAAUAUAUAUACAAUAAAUUCAGUUUUAUAUCUUGUAAAGGGUUCAAAUGAAUGUAGUGCAGCAACUCAAUAGGAAUUUCAGACAGUUUAUCUCUAGACCAAAUAUGUUAACCCAGGGUGUUGACUAAUCUUUUUUUAUUAUUAAUUUUGGAUUAAUAAUUAAUCAUUUGAACACAAGUGAAAUUCAGUGUUUCCUGAUUUCCUUGUGCGAUUUAACGUUCAACUUUUUAUUCACUUCUUUUUUUCAAAACCAACUUAUGUUUUUGCAAUCAUUUUCACCAUUUUAUUUAUACAUUUGUUAGCAUGGGAGAAAAUCACUGGUUUAAGUUGUUUCCAGCUUUUAAAUGCCUUAAUGGUUGAUAAUAGAUGUAGCGAUAGACUGUACUGUUAUUUUCAGGUUAUAAUUCAUGUUUGUAAACACUUAGGCUCAUUUAUUCCUACAAAUUAACUAAGUGUGUGUUGUAUAACCGUAUCAAGUGAUGUAUUUUUGCAGUUUACAAUGUACUAUGGAAACAACAGAUGCUGGGGGCCUAUUUUUUCUACUCACUUUAUAACUGUUGAACCCUAUUGAACUCCAGGGGGCAGCAUGAUCUGUGUACGCAUACAUGAAUGCAUGUUUGUAUGAUAGGUCAAUAUGCUAAAUAUUUGAAGAGAGACCAUUGCCCCUGCAUAGACCUCUUUUCUUUUCCAACCAGAGUUGCAGGUGAUCUGAAUGUAAAUAAUGUUUGUGUUUCUGAAUGCUGCCCCCUACAAUACCUCUCUUUCUAAAGAAACCAAAGACUUGUAAGGUCAUAGUGCUCUAGCGCACACACACAAACCCUGUCCUUUACUGUUAUUCACUGUCGACCGGUAUUCAAACGUACUAUUUGGAUUUGUGUUUUGUCAUUUAUUCAUAAAGUAGAGAGCAUAUGGGAUCCUGGAAGCUCUAUUCCAAAGUAAUGGCAAGGAAAAAUGUAAUGUUCACUUAACCAAAGAUGACUCCUACUCCCUUAGUUUCAUUUCCCUCUAUCCUCCCUACCUACCUGCAGAAUGCCUGUCUUAGAUGCAGAACCAAACACUGGGAUCCAAAGCAUAGAUGUAUAUUUUGGUACAUAUCAGGGAUGAUAAAAGCCAAGCAAAAAAUGUUGUGUUGUUGAAAAACUGCUUGUUUUAGUGUGUCAUACUUUUUCUUUUUGUCUUAGUGCAGUAUGUGAAUGCAGAACUAACUUACUUUAGUAGAUUGUAAAAUGUAAGGUAUUUUUGUAAACUGUGGGUCCAGUGACUUGGAUUCACUGUCCUGUUUCAUUAUUUAAUACAAACCAAAAAAUAACAAAUAAAUGACAUCUUUCAAAAAUAAAGCAUUUGUUCAU